UACAUAUAGGGAUGGCUGGUCUCCUCAUGCUGAUGAGGUUUAGACCAUGUUGAGCCCUACAUUUGUUGUUGAGAAUAUUGGAUACUCUUUCUAUACCUAUGGCUCCAUCUUCAUCAUUUUCCUGCUUAUAUGGCAAGUGAAACGGAGUUACUAUGGAUUGAGAAGUGAACCUAAAAGGAACUGCUGCCGGGUGAAAAACAAAAAUGACACCCCAGCUUCACAUUGUUUUAAGUGUCACCGAAAAGUCAGGCAAAGGGCAAGAGAUGCAGCAACAAAAGCUAGAAGAUGUUCCCAGAAAGAAACAGAGAAGCUGUGGGAUCUGCUCUCUGUCAUGAAAAGCCAGCACUGGCUUCCCCAGCAGGAAAGUGUACGGCAGCUUCUGUGUGCAGAUCCUUCCUGCCAAACUUGCAAUGUUAUGUCUCUGGAGAUCCAGCAAAUGCUGGAGAACAAGAAGAAUCAAAUUUCCCCAACUCUAUCAGGGCCAUUGCAGGGCUCUUCUGGCCUAUGGGUGAUGUCUUCGUCAACUGUGUCUUCUGAGAAGAAUCAGGAACCUCAUCCUCAGCAUUCCAGAGACCUUUCACUAAUAUCCACAACCCCAACAAUAUCACAACCAACAGAACAAAGCUUAUGCGAGACAAUAGCCCAGACAACCACCACCAUCAGCAUCCAAGAAUACUUUGCCGAUCAUCUCCAACUAGAACAGGAAUUUCAACUGGCAACUAUGCCCAUUGCUCAAAAGAAUAGGGAUUUUUCAAAGAUUGAGAGACCCAUAGUUCCAGUAAAUGAGCAAGAGACAAAGCAGAAUAAACCUAACCUUAUGCAGGGGGAGGAGAGCCAGCACUAUGUGAAGUGCCAUGUCUCUUUACCAUUACUGGAUGCAGAAUUCCUGGAUAACAUGACACAUCCUAUGACCUUGCAUGUGGACUCAGUCCUCCCUGCCCAGUUGCCAUUCUUCAGGCCUAAAGUUUUGAGGCUACUUGAAGGACAUUUAAAAAAAAGAAAGCAUUUCCAGAGGUGGGGUCUCCCCAGACGUGUGGAGGACUCACUGAGGCAGUUUAUGCCAGACCCAAUAUUGUUGAGCAAAGUUGGAAAAAAACUACAACUGUCCUCCAUUCUGAAUAGGACUUCCCAGGUCACUUGUGACAAAAUUGGGAUCUCUGUCCAACAGACAUGGGAUCCAUAUGUACACAGAGACUCCAUUCAGUCUAUCUGGGUUUCUGAGUGGUCUCUUAUAAAACCAGAAGAAAGACACUAUUACCAGGAAGUUCAAAACUAUUUCACAUCAGCCUUGCCCUCCCUACCUGCUGAAGUCUUCAGUGGCCUCUGUCUACCUCUUGAGGGACAGGCUAAUGACUCAGGAAACAAUCUGCACCAGAAAUACAGGCAGCUAUUCUGUGGCCUACCCUCUCUGCACAGUGAGUCACUGGCUACUACUUUGUUGAGCUCUGAAGGCCUCUCCAAGAACAAGAACGUGUCCAGGCCCCCACUGAAAGAGUCUCUUCUAUUCAAGAGACUCUCUUCCCACCCCUUGCUGCCCAGAACACCACCUGAGAUAAACUGGCCCUCCUCUCCUCUGUCACCAAAUUGUGUGGCUCUAGCUGAAGAUCAACAGGCUCAUAUCAGUGUCCCAUUUCUGACUCCAGCUGAAUGUAAAACCUUGGAAUGGCACCUGCUGCAGAGGCAGCUCCAGUUUCAGUGGGGCCUGCCAACGGCCAGGCAGAGAAGUCGCCAUGCCCACAGCCCCAUACAGUCUGAGCCAUGUGACAAAGCCCAGGCUCCUCAGACUAUGAAAACAUCCUGGCCAGAGAAACCUGUCUCAGGCUCCACCAGGAAACGACACAUCUUCCCAGAGCAUGCCCACAGGCUGCUGGAAUUUCACUUCCAGAAGCAAUUGAUUCACCUUCGCUGGGGCCUACCUGAGAAGAUCCAGCAGUCCCUCCAGCUGUUCCUUGCCUCUGCUGACCAGCAGACCCUGUCCUGUAACAGCACAAUCUUAUCCAAUGUGAGAAUCCCCCAAACUAUGACCCUAAAGGGCAAGGGUGAUGGUGAUUCAUUCUUGCCCAUCCUGGCCCAGAUGUCAAUCCCCAUGCCACACUUAUUCACCCAGGCCAAGGCCAAACUGCACAGCCACAUUGACUCCAAAUGUGGACAGAUCCACCAAGGCAAGGUCCCUUUCCAUUCAUAUAGCUCCUGGGAAGGCAUAGUUUCUGGCGACCUAGCAGUGGCUCCCUUCCCCUGCAGUCCACAGGGUCAGCCCCUGGAGCUGCAGGCAGCAAGUGACACCAAGCUCCAUGACGAAGUUGUGUCCUGGACACCAAUGGCCCUGGAUCAGCAAAAACAGGCCUCACCAGACACUGUCACUGACCACCCUAAGCUGCACAGAGCCCUGUCUCAAGGAGUCGUUGAGAAACUGGAGAUGACCGUAAGGCACAAGUAUCUCACCUUCCUGUCAGGACUGCCUACUCUUUACUCUUCGGCCCUUUCUGAAGGGAUGGCUCCAGCAAUCACUAGCCACUCUACAGCUGUGGAGAUGGUGCCAGGGCCUAUGACAACCCCAAAGGAGCCUCUGACUCAAACUAUCUCACCGGAAGACCCAAGCAGGAGGUUUGGGCCAUCCUUUCAAAAUGACAGUGAGACUCAGGCAGACAAGGCACAUUUGCAACCUGAGGUGCAGGUGGAAGGAGCGACAGAGUCCGUGCCUCUGGUCAGCCAGACACAUAUUGCUAUUCCCUACCUAUCCAAGACACGUAUCUUCUCCAAGCUAAACUUUCACCUGAGAAAAAAGGUCCUAGAAAUAAAAUUGGGACUUCCCAUGCGGGCGAGGGAGUCCAGGAAACUAACUAUAGCUGGCCCAGAGAACAAGUCCUCACAGGCACCUCCUACUAGUCUAAACAACCCAGGAAGCACAGUGCUUCCAAAACUGCCCAUCCUGCCAGAUGCAUGUCCUGCCCCAGAUUCAGAGUGGGUCCACCUUACAGAGCACCUGGCCUCACAGCUGGAGACAGUGCAGCACAGCCAAAAGCCACCUAGCUCCAAAGCAUUGUCCCUCGCUUCGACCCACUGGUCGUCCAAGAUCUCACAGCUCAGCAGGGCCCAGGUGCUUUGUGUUCAGAUGGAGGCCAGUGUGAACAACCCCAGCCUGUGGGAGCCCUGGAGCACUGGGCCCCAAAGCCCAGGCAAGGACUCAGCCCAAAUCCCCACACUGGCAGAAAAGAGAGAGGACAUAGGGAAACCCCAAGCACCAGGGGACCUCGGAGAAGGGGAUGCAGGGCUUGGGCUCCCUUUAACCAGUACAGAAAGGCAGCCUGAUGAAAAUGAGAAGCCAGAGGAGAAGCUUUGGGAGAGAGAACCCCAAGGCUCCUGGAGAUGGACCCACAGAUGUCUUCUUGUAGAUCCUCAGCAACACAGUUCCCAGUGUCACCCCCAGCUUAAGCCUCCAGAGCCUCCUAAAGAGGGCCCUGAGAGGGAAGAAUCUGAGCAUGACUUGCAGGGCCAUCAAAGAAAGUUAAAUGUCCUCCUCACACCUGCAAAGGUCCCUCAGGAUUUCCACCCUGCGGUGGCCCAGGCUUCCCAAGACCAGCGUUUCCUGGGCCAACCAACUCCUCAUAAGCCUUCUAAGGGCCAACCUUUGCAAAGCCACGUGUUUCAGGGGCAGGUGAUGCCAGCCCAUUCUCACAAGAGCCCCAGCCUUCCAGAGUCUGGCUUGAUCAAUAAGAUGAAGCACUUUCUGCACUUUCUUGGUAGUCUCAACAUCCAGCACAAAAAUGCCAUGACCAAAGGCAAAGGGCACGUAGACUCCAUGUUCUCAACACCUGGAAAAGUGGCCAAAACCAAAAAAGAAAAUGUUGAAAAGAGCCUGGCUCCAGCCAAAAGCCCCAUGGAGAAAGCUAGGAUUGACACACCGCUGAGGCAGUGUGUUUCCCAUUUCCCAAACAAUAAGCUCCGGCUUCGCUCCCAACUAUAUGGAUCUGCCUCCAUGCCGGGCCACCCCCACCACUGCCCUAGACAUUGUCAUGGAAUGGCUAUGCUCCCCAGUCAGAUCACCCACCCUUACUCCCAUCCCAUUCCUCAAAGAGAACACUCAAAGUAUUGA